CAGUGCCACACUCUGGAAGGAGCUGUCUGACCUGUCUGGCUUCCAGAGUGGAUCUGGUCCCAGGAAGGUGGGAUGCAGAGGAUCUCAGCUUCUUGCCCAGGCCAGCCCUUCCAUGCUGUCUUCAAGCCCUCCUUCCUGUACGUCUCCCAACCCAGAUGGGGAGAACCCAAGUAAGAAGGUCCAGUGGGCUCCUGGGAGGAGGAGGACAUCAUCCACAGACUCAGAGUCAAAGCCCCACCCCGACCUCUCCAGAGUGCCCAGGUCCCGGAGACCCAGCCGGCUGACAGUGAAGUAUGACCGGGGACAGCUCCAGCGCUGGCUGGAGGUGGAGGAGUGGGUGGACGUGCAGGUUCAGGAGCUCUUCCAGGAUCAACCAGCCCCUUCUGAGCCUGAGAUUGACCUGGAGACUCUUAUGGAGCUAUCCACAGAGGAGCAGAAGACUCAUUUGGAGGCCAUUCUCCAAAACUGCCCCCGCCCCACAGAGUUCUUUAUCUCAGAGCUACUCAGUCAACUCAAGAAACUCCAGAGACUCAGCAGGCCUCACAAAAAAGCCUUGUGACACUACCUGCGUGAGCCUCAGCACUGCCCAGGCCUGCCCUGAGCACCUGGAUCCCGGGCUGUGGAGAGGCCUCCUCGGGACACAGACAAGGAACGUGG